AUGGAAAAGGAGAAGACCACGAGGACCACGACGACCACGAAGACCACGACGACCACGGGGAAGGAGUGUCAUGGCAAGGGGGGAUCAGAGAAUAACAAGCCUCCGCCCCCGACAGAGCCAAACCAGCAGGCCACGAAGCCCUCAAACCCACAGCCUACGCCUGAAACCUCGAGAGAACAACCCGGGGAUGGGGGCGAAUCUCGAAUCCCGGAAAAUCAGGCACAGGAUGGGAAGAAAGGGUCCAAAAAUAUCCUGGAUAAAAUCAAAGACUUCUUCAGAGGCGCAAAAGGCGGUCUAAAAGACUUGUGGGACAAACUCAAGAACUGGGACGGAGUGUCACUACCCAAGGGACCAAGCUUGCCGAAGCCAAAGCUACCGAAGAUACCAAAGUUGAAAAAGCCAAACCCACCGAAGGCACCAAACCCACCGGAGGCACCAAUACCACCGGAGGCGCCAAACCCACCGGAGGGACCUGGCGCACCCGAUCGUCCUCAAUCGCCCGAUGAACCUGAGUACCCUGAUUAUCCUGAGGGACCUGAUCCGGACACCGACUUUCCCAAUCCGGGAAUCCCGCCUAUGCCUCCUGCACCUCCUAGCGACGAUAACCCCGGAGACUCUGAUGAGUUCGGGUCUGAUUCUCCGAACGACAGCGACUAUGACACUGCCCCAGAGGAUAGCGACUAUGACACUGACCCAGAGGAUAGCGACUAUGAAACUGCUCCAGAGUACCCACCGGGGGAUGGAGACAGUGAGGGAAAUGACGACGAGGGAGAUGCGGAGGAAAAAGAAGAUAAAGGAAAAGGGAGAGAAAAAUGCAUCAGAUGGCAAGACUUCGAAGAGUGGAUGCAUUACUUGGACACGCCUGAAAAACAAGGCGCCUACUACGAUGACUAUCACAGGAAAAAACCGAAGAAGCCGGAGACGCCACGGCCGGGAACUCCAGGCCCAGGAACAUCAGAUGGAGGUGGCAAGCGCCCCAUGCGGCCGUCGACACCCCACCCAGGCUCGGCAGCACCACAGCACCUCGAAUGCCUCGACGACGUGGCGCGUGUUGCGAUUGGCAAGAUGAAGGGCAUCACAGACCCCAAUGACAUUUAUGACGAGGCGACGGAGCGCUUCAUCGACGGGUUUGAGGGCGAGGGUGAGGGCUCCACAGCCUGGCAGAAAAACCAGGACUCACCCGAGCGGGCUAUCAAGGAGAAGUAUGGAGACAGAAUCACAGAUUCGUUCAGACGGGGCUAUCUCAAGACCGAACUUCAGAUGGAGCAAGACACUAUCAACAAAAGGCUCCACACUGGCGAGUGGGUCAAGAAGCAGAUGGUCAAGGGGAAGCCUGUCAACGUCGUGGAUGCGUAUAAAAGGAUUGAUGAAAUCGAGGAGGAGCUUGCGUUGAUCAACAAGAUGUACCCUGGAGACAAGAGUCCCUCGAGAAAUCUUAGGAGAGGCGUUGUUUGGGUAGCAUGA